GUAGAAUAAGUGGUGCAAAAGAAAUAUAUCCCUAUCCUUAUAUGUUACAUGCUUUUAGAAAAAGACACGGAUACACUCAGUGCGCACUGAUUGACAAAUUAAAAUCGCCAACAGUAAACUAACCUCAAAAAAUAAAAAAUACCGUUUGUUAUCCAAAGGUCUAUGAUUGUUGUCAACGAUUUUUUGUUUGUUUGGUUUGAUAGCUUUUCGAAAUUUCGAAAUUUGAAAUUUUUCUCAAAGUCAAGCUUAACAUCGCAAUGAAUAAAGAGAAGGUUAAGAAAACGUUGGUAAGAAACCCAGAGCGACCAAAGACCAGUACUGUCAGUGCUCCCCAACUAACAAAUUUGGCCAAUGGAGAAGUUGUAGAACCGGAAACAGUAUCAACUAAAACUGAACCGGAUCCAAAUCCCAGAUUCGAUGCGCCCGAAAUGCACAGUACUUUGAAACUAUCGAAGAAAAUCGACGAAAUCGUUAAACCGUCGAUCAGACAAACAAAAAGCUUGACCGAUAUGGAUAAAAUGAAAUUGGCUGGAAGCGACAGAAUUGCAAGACAAGUCAACUUUCGCCAUGACCAAACAGUAUUUAAAGAUCUCAUUCCAUUAGGCGAUAAAAACGAAUUUGAAACUGAGCUCAUUACUGAUACAAUAGACGAAGACUCGGAAGAGGAAGAACUUGACCCCGAACCAAAUUUUGCAGAUUUUGCUGUCCGUGAUGAAAAAGUAAACGAAAAAAUCUAUCUUUGCAUGCCAGAAGCUACCGUGAGUGGCUGGGAACAGAAUUAUGAAGAUUGUAAUCCAAUUGAUGGACUGAGAUUGUAUAAGAUAAUGCAGGGUUGGUAUCGUGCAAGCCUCGAUCCAAACUCAAACUACAGAAGUGGGUUAGUCAAGAAAAAAUUAAAUAUUACUCAAUAAAAAAUUAAAGCUGUAAAUAGUAACUACACCAAAAUAUAUUAUAACAUACAAACAGCAAAAAAUGGUUUGACUCAUUAGUACUUUGCUGAAGUUUUUUCACAACAGCCUCCGGAUUCUGUUUUGCUAGUCAAGUUGAAUCCAACAGCUCCAGGCCUACCGUGUCAAACGUAUCGAAAAAUAAAAUCGCUAUUCUGAUAAUUCAAUGUGAAUUUCGACUCGACUUGUAAAAUAGAAUCCCGCCCCAGGUUCAUCAGAUUUUGAAAAGGUUUGAAGUAAAACACUGAAAUUUCAAAUUAAUCCAACAUAAAGGUAGUAUAAUAAUUAAAUCAUCAAAAUUGUAAUUUA